CGUCAUCAGAAUGCCGUUUGCCCGGCCAUCGUUAACCGUACACAGCAAUCCGAAGGAGGCUCCCCAGCGUUUGAACUCACCGAAGGACGCCGACAGCCCAAUCUUUCCACGGGGAUCGGGUUCGCUCUCCAGUCGCGGCGAAUGAGCUCUCCGGCGAGAUCAUCGGCGUCGGCGACGAGCGCCGGAGGUCAGGGCGGUGGUGUUAGCGGCAACGCUGGGUUCGGCGACGAGACCUCCUCUUACCACUUCCCCACCGACGUCAUGUCCGCCCAUGACCGCAAGGGGGAAGCCCUCGCCGCUUUGAAAUCGGAAUUGAUGGCCGCACUUCAGAAGGAGGUAAAAUCUUUGGACGAAGACAGUUGGAAGUUUGCCCGCCCUCGCUCCCAAAUCCACCUUAUUUCGAGACCGGGUGGGCAUCAACACAAGUUUACAGGAAGAGAUGGAAAUGUGAACCACCUAUUCAAGCAAACCAGAGACAUAUAGUGGUGAAUUUUAAGAGCGCAGCCUCAAAAUAAUCAGGUACUAAGUUGAGCAAUGGAGGCAUCUAGUUCGCAGUCAUCAUACAGGGACAGGAAUAGUUCUAGUCAUAUCAGACUUUCUACCGGAACAAUACUAUAAGUCAUCGAAUUUGUUAGAGCUUAAGAACUUUUGUUCUUAUCCCUGUUCAGCUUAUUUUCCCUGCUUCUUGUAUACCCUUAUUCUUUUUUCAUUUUUCCCUGUGUAGACUGACUUAUGAACAUUCUAAUUUUGUAAUGGUCGGCAUAGUUUCAGACUGCUGCAAAAGGCCAUUGUUGUUGCCGCUAACAUUAUAUUUAUUGACCAUUAAAUUUCUGCAAUUUGGGCUCUCA